GGGAAGAAGAAGAGGCGAGAACGACCCCCGGACCGGCCAAAGCCCGCGUGCCGCCGCAUCCCCGCGUCCAGCGCUUACGUCCCGCUGCCGCCACCAUGCCCAAGAGAAAGGCUGAAGGGGAUGCUAAAGGAGAUAAAACCAAGGUGAAGGAUGAGCCACAGAGAAGAUCUGCAAGGUUAUCUGCUAAACCUGCUCCUCCAAACCCAGAGCCCAAGCCUAAAAAGGCCCCUGCAAAGAAGGGAGAGAAGGUACCCAAAGGGAAAAAGGGGAAAGCUGAUGCUGGCAAGGAUGGAAAUAACCCUGCAGAAAAUGGAGAGGCCCAAACAGACCAGGCACAGAAAGCUGAAGGUGCUGGAGAUGCCAAGUGAAGUGUGUGCAUUUUUGAUAACUGUGUACUUCUGGUGACUGUACAGUUUGAAAUACUAUUUUUUAUCAAGUUUUAUAAAAAUGCAGAAUUUUGUUUUA